GAUACGGAAGCACAACGAACAGAGCAGUGUAGGGAAGGAGAUACCUUUGACAUUUCCUUUCUUUUUUUUCCCCUCUCAGCACGCCGAACGUAGCGGCGAGCUACUGUCGUUGUCUGGGCAGCGUGUGGUGACUAUACACACACAUUUAUAUUAUUUCGUGUGAUUCCAAAGAAGGCCUCUUCUCCACAUUUUUCUCUUUUUUUUCUCUAUUUGCGUUGUCGCUGCGAUGUCCCGUGCGAACGUGUUUGGGCCCAACUCCCUCCAUUCUUUCACCAAGUUCGGUGCGCUGAACCGCAGCAACGGCGUCGUCCUCAACAAGCGCAUGAAGGACGCGUUUCGGCUGGAGAAUCAAAAGUACAUGCGCCAGGAUCUGGAUCGGGAGCGGCGCUAUCGCCUCUGCACACGCUGCGGCAUCACCUCCGUCACCGUGAACUUCGACAAGGUGCCGUCAGCCCGCGUGGGCCUGUGGGGACGCUGCGUGGACGACAAGGACUACACCCACCACCGUUUUAUGGAACUUUCACAGCGCGAGUAUGAGCAAGUGCGUGACUGGCCCGUAGAGAAGCGCCUUAAUUGGUGGAGGUUUGAAAGCGGCGAUUAG